GGUGGCCGGGUAGGGCCAGCCCAGCUGUGAGGCUGGCGUGGGAGCUGCCUAGGCUGGGGCCUUGCUGGGGAGCAAGCCUGCAUUGCAGAGGCCAGGGCAGAGUGACUCCUCACAGCCUGAAACUCGUCCUCCUGCACAGGCCGGCCAGGCCAGCACAGAGGCACCAGGGCAGCAGCGCACGCAGGUCCCCGGGGACCCCGCCAUGUGGACCAGAUGGUGGCUCUGGCCCCUUGUGGCCGUCUGCACUGCAGACUUCUUCCGGGACGAGGCAGAGAGGAUCAUGAGGGACUCCCCUGUCAUUGAUGGGCACAACGACCUGCCCUGGCAGCUGCUGGGUAUGUUCAACAACCGGCUGCAGGACGCGAGGGCCAACCUGACCACCUUGGCCGACACACACACCAACAUCCCCAAGCUGAGGGCUGGCUUCGUGGGAGGUCAGUUCUGGUCCGUGUACACGCCCUGCGACACCCAGAACAAAGACGCCGUGCGGAGGACGCUGGAGCAGAUGGAUGUGGUCCACCGCAUGUGCCAGAUGUACCCUGAGACCUUCCUGUAUGUCACCAGCAGUGCAGGCAUCCGGCAGGCCUUCCGGGAAGGGAAGGUGGCCAGCCUGAUCGGUGUGGAGGGCGGCCACUCCAUUGACAGCAGUCUGGGCGUCCUGCGGGCGCUCUAUCAGCUGGGCAUGCGGUACCUGACCCUCACCCACAACUGCAACACGCCCUGGGCUGACAACUGGCUGGUGGACACGGGAGACAGCAAGCCCCAGAGCCAAGGCCUGUCACCCUUUGGGCAGCGUGUGGUGAAGGAGCUGAACCGUCUUGGAGUCCUCAUCGACUUGGCUCACGUGUCUGUGGCCACCAUGAAGGCCACCCUGCAGCUGUCCAGAGCCCCAGUCAUCUUCAGCCACUCCUCGGCCUACAGCGUGUGUGCAAGCCGGCGCAACGUGCCUGACGACGUCCUGAGGCUGGUGAAACAGACAGACAGCCUGGUGAUGGUGAAUUUCUACAACAAUUACAUUUCCUGCACCAACAAGGCCAACCUGUCCCAAGUGGCCGACCAUCUGGAUCACAUCAAGGAGGUGGCAGGAGCCAGAGCUGUGGGCUUUGGUGGGGACUUUGACGGUGUUUCAAGGGUCCCUGAGGGGCUGGAGGACGUCUCCAAGUAUCCAGACCUGAUCGCUGAGCUGCUCAGGAGGAACUGGACAGAGGCGGAGGUCAAGGGUGCAUUGGCCAACAACCUGCUGAGGGUCUUCGAGGCUGUGGAGCAGGCCAGCAACCCCACGCAGGCUCCCGAGGAGGAGCCCAUCCCGCGGGACGAGCUGGGUGGCUCCUGCAGGACGUAUUACGGCUACCCCUCCGGGGCCUCCAACCUCCAUCGCCAGUGGGGGUUCCUGCUGGCCUCCCUCGCUCCCCUGGUCCUCUGUCUGUGUCUCCUGUGAAAGCUGGGAGACCAGAGCCCCCUUUAGGGCUCCUGGAGUUCAGGGAAGACCUGCUCAUCCAGGACUCCAGAUGCCAGGAACCCUACUGCCCGCAUGCAAGGACCAGCAUCUCCUGAGCGGGUGUCUGGGCUUACCUGGGGGGCAGGAUACCUGGGGACAGCUCAGGACACAUACACACACAGUAGGCCCUCAAUAAAAGCAACAUCCCUUCACA